AUGGUUUCUGAAGGAUGCCCUAUCACCGAUGAGCAACUUAGCAUGAAAGCCAAGGUAGACGUUCUCAUGGGUAUGCAACUGGUGAAGAAAGCUUGGGUGUCUGUGCAUCUGCGCGUACUGAUCAACUCUUUCCCAAAACCUAUAUUCAAACCCACAUUGAAUCAGCUGAUAAUGCAAACUCCAGAGGAUAAAUGCGAUCCGAUUGAAAACUUCAAUCACUAUUAUUCACAGUUCACUCUUGCCUGA